GUUACGGACGCGCGCCCAGCGAGGCGGGGAGGCCGGCGGCCCGCAUCUCGGGCCGGGGAGACGCACGCGCGGCGCCCACGUCCGGCUGCGCGGCGUCGGAUGCUGCGGAGGAUCGAGAAAGAUCUGGAAGAAUCCGGAGCGCCCUGAGCGCCUGAACCCGAACCGGCUCGGCCGCCGCCGUCUCUAGAAAGUUCUCCCCCCACGUCCCUCGCGGCCGCCCGGCUCCUCCCAGCCCCUCCCUCCGCGGCGGUGGGACCAAUCGCUCCCCUGGCCGCCCACGACCCACCUCCUCUGCCCGCGCGCGCCGGAGCAGAGGUGCGCGAGCCCCGGCCGGCCGCCCGCACAGCCGCGCAUAUCCCCGCGCCCGCUGCCCGAGAAACGGCGCGAUGACCGCCGAAGAGACGAAGGCGGCCGAGAGCGGCGCGCAGUCGGCGCCGCUCCCCCUCGAGGGGGUGGACAUCAGCCCCAAGCAGGAUGAAGGCGUGCUUAAGGCCAUCAAGCGAGAGGGCACCGGCACGGAGAUGCCCAUGAUCGGGGACCGUGUCUUUGUCCACUACACAGGAUGGCUGCUGGAUGGCACCAAGUUCGACUCCAGCCUGGACCGCAAGGACAAAUUCUCUUUCGACCUGGGGAAAGGGGAGGUCAUCAAGGCUUGGGACAUUGCCGUGGCAACCAUGAAAGUGGGGGAAGUGUGCCACAUCACCUGCAAACCAGAAUAUGCCUAUGGUACGGCAGGCAGCCCUCCGAAGAUCCCUCCUAAUGCCACGCUUGUGUUUGAGGUGGAGCUGUUUGAGUUCAAGGGGGAGGACCUGACAGAAGAAGAAGAUGGGGGGAUCAUCAGGAGAAUACGGAUUCGGGGCGAAGGCUACGCCAAGCCCAACGACGGUGCCAUGGUGGAGGUUGCACUGGAAGGGUACUACAAGGACCAGAUGUUUGACCGGCGCGAGCUCUGCUUUGAGAUUGGUGAGGGCGAGACUGUGGAUCUGCCUUGUGGGCUGGAGAAAGCCAUUCAGCGCAUGGAAAAAGGAGAACAUUCCAUUGUGUACCUCAAGCCCAGCCAUGCCUUUGGCAGUGUUGGGAAGGAAAAGUUCCAGAUCCCACCAAAUGCUGAGCUGAAAUACGAAGUCCAUCUGAAGAGUUUUGAGAAGGCCAAGGAGUCUUGGGAGAUGAGUUCAGAGGAGAAGCUGGAGCAGAGCGCCAUAGUGAAAGAGCGGGGCACCGUGCACUUCAAGGAAGGCAAGUACAAGCAAGCUUUACUGCAGUACAAGAAGAUUGUGUCCUGGCUGGAAUAUGAGUCGAGUUUGUCUGAUGAGGACGCGCAGAAGGCACAGGCCCUUCGGCUGGCCUCCCACCUCAACCUGGCCAUGUGUCAUCUGAAACUACACGCCUUCUCAGCUGCUGUUGAAAACUGUAACAAGGCCUUGGAACUGGACAGCAACAAUGAGAAGGGCCUUUUCCGCCGGGGAGAGGCCCACCUGGCAGUGAAUGACUUCGACUUGGCACGGGCUGACUUCCAGAAGGUCCUGCAGCUCUACCCCAGCAACAAAGCUGCCAGGGCCCAGCUGGCUAUCUGCCAGCAGCGGAUCCGCAAGCAGCUCGCUCGGGAGAAGAAGCUCUAUGCCAACAUGUUUGAGAGGCUGGCUGAGGAGGAGAGCAAGGCCAAGGCAGCCACAGCUGCAGGCGGCCGUCAGGCCGACACAGAGAUGAAGGAUGAGCAGAAGGAUGCGGCACCCGGGGGCCAGCCUCAGGUGGAGGCAGAAGCAUAGCCCCUCCCCAGCCCUGCUCCCGCGGCUGCCUGCCUCCCCGCUCCCUCCCCUGCUCCACCCUGUUAGUUUUGUAAAAACUGAAGAAUUCUGAGUGAAUUAGACCUUUAUUUUUCUAUCUGGUUGGAUGGUGGCUUUGGGGGAAGGGGGAAAGGACUGGGCUGGGGAAUCGAGGUGGAGGGUCAUUUUAGGUGGUGUCACCCCCCCUUCCCUCGCCCCUUCCCUCAUCACAUGGGAACGAAUGUCUACCCACACGCACACUCAUCGGAACGUUAAUUUAUUUUGCUUCCUCUGUUCGCUGUGUCCAUUUUCCAGAUGGUAGAAGGGGCAAGUGGUAGGGAUGUGAAGUCUGACGAGAAAGCAGGGUGGAGAGGGAGACUCCAGACAGCCCUUUCCUCCUCCCGGUCUAUUUCCAAACACGUGGCCUCCAUGUGGGUGCUAGGGGCACGGGAAAAACCACUGCUGUGCCCGUUUCCUCUCUGCUCCCUUCCUCGCCCCAGAUGGUGUGGCUGAUGGUGUCUUCUGGUGUCAUGGUGACCACCCCCUGUACCCCUUCCAGUAUUUCCCUUUCUCAGCCAGGCCGUGUCCCCACCCCCUCAGCCUCUUCUCUGCACGUUGCUGAAGGUCCAGGCUCGCCUCAAGUUCCGUGUUUGAGCAAUAAAAUGGAAACAAUCAAA